CGGAAAUGCGGAUUGGUAAAAAAGUUGGAAAAAUUUUGAGUGACAAUAAAGAAAAAACUCCCGAAGAGUUCAAGACAAUUUUUUCUGAAUCAAAAUGCGAUGAAUUAUUUAACGAAGAAUGGUUAGAGGUAAAAAAGGAUCAAGAUGCUUUUUUACGAACAAUGACAAAGGAAAUAAAAAGUUUAGAACAACAUGUAGUCAACUCGUUUAACGAAGCAAUUAUCAAUGGAUGUGGAAUAACUAAUAACAACAGAGACGAUGCAAAAGAAAAACAAAAGUUUGACAAAAUAUUUUGGAAAAAACUCUUAAAACCAGCAACUUUAAUUAGAUCGAGCUUUUUAGAUCAGUUUGUCGACAAUGUCAAAGUAAAAAUCAAAUGGUAUAAUAGGUAUGAUAAUAGCAGCGACGAGUUUAAGAAAACAGUCGUAAACAGGAUUAAGGCUAAAAUUGAAGAAACUAGUGCACAAAUAUGCAAUGAACUUCGAUCCAGGAAUGCACUUGCAAUCGAAUUUAACCAACCUCUAGACUGGUUGAGAAAAUUAUGCGACAAUAUUUACAAUGUAAUUACCGACUUCAGUAGGUUCACUAUUGAAAUCAACGAUUAUAGUUCGAUAGAGCAAUAUUUGCGUCUUCAGGUUUUUGAUACAUUGGUAUAUAAUACCGAGAGAUGGAAUCGUUCUCAGCAAGAUAAUCUUGAAAAACUUUGUGUAGAUUUACUGAAAUGCUUUCAUGAUAUUUUAAGUAAUUCAUCUUAUGAAAAUAUUGCCACUCAACUUUUUAGAUAUGUUUCGCAAUCUGUAGAGAUAACAUUAGUUAUUCAGCAACAACUUAUUCGGGAAGUGUUGAAGGAAUAUUCAAAAAAUCAUUGGAUGAGUGAAGAUAGAAAUUUCACCCGUUAUGCUUAUGAACGGAGUUUCGGCACCUAUAAUGUCGAGAAAUCUCGUGAUUAUAUUAAUAAUCCUAUAUUAUUUAUGACGAAAUUAUUUAAUGAAGAGAUCGACUUGAUUAAAAAUGCAAAAAUCAAAAGAAGAUUAGAAGAAAUUAAAAAGGCUAUGGAUGAUGCUUUAAGAGAGCUUGGCGAGAUCAUAUCAGAUUGGCAACAACGAGUUCCUACGACCACACUAUAUGAAAAUUUUACUCUUGAGGAAAUUUUUCAGAAGACAGAAAUCAGAAAUGAUGCUGAACCCUCAUCAUUUGAGUCUUACAAAAAAAUAAGCGCGGAGAAUUUAAUAGAGGAUGCAAUACGUAUUCUUGGGAAAUGCGCCAUCAGUUCUCCCCAAGAUUUUUAUGAUAUAUUAAAAGAAGAAUACAAUAAAUACGUAACGGAAUUUCAAAACUCAUGGAAAGAAAAAGGGGCGGAUGACUGUAGGAAAUCAAUGGUUAUGGAAGUGGAAAACUUUAAGCUAUCAUAUUCGGAUGAAAUUAUUGGAUGUAGACAUAUAUGCCCCUCAAAAUGCGAAUUGCCGGAACAUGAAAUUAACACAAAUCACAGAGCAUCGUUUCAUUUAAUGGGUUGUUUUACGGGUGUUCAAGCUCAUAAAACAAAUAAUGCCUAUUUGCUAAUAUGUAACGAACCUGAUAACUAUCUAUACCAUUACAUUGGACAGAAUGACGAAGAACUUCUGUUUGAAGAAUACACUAAAAAGUAUUAUCCCGAAUGGUGGCAACUUCUGGAACGAAAAAACCCGGAUGAAGAUCAAAUAAUGCAAGUCAGAGCUAUAUGGAUGCAUUUAAAGACUGAAUUAUGCUCUAAAUUCAAAAUGGUUGAUUCGACACCUAAACACUGGCACCGAAAUUAUUAUCAUCUCGCUGAGUCUGAACAUUAA